UUCAUGCUGGUCUCCCUCCAUUCUGUUACAAUCUCACGACAAUCUAAAAAGAUGUCUGGUGAAGCUCUCUACGCCAAUGUCAAAUUCACUCGAAAACCAGGCGUCCAAGCAGCUGCUAAACUGUGUGCAGGCCCCACCCUGCCUGUGAGUGCUGCUGGCAAAGCCUCUUCAUACAGACAGCCUGCACUGGUCCUCUUCAUCCUGUGCUGUCUCUUACUGGUUGCCAUCAUCGCCCUCGCUGUCUAUCAUUUCAGAACUAAAGAAGACCUUGAGAAAUACACCAGCCUGCACAUUAAUAGGCUACCACAAAAUCAGAGCCAGCUACUAGAUAAAUACUGUCCUCUCAAAGAAGGCUCUUCAAAGGAGCGGGUUUGUUGUCCAGAGAAGUGGGUGCAGUCCAAUGGAAAGUGCUACUACUUCUCAACUGAUACAAUGAACUGGCACUCCAGCCGGGCUAGCUGUGUGUCAAUGGGAGCAGACCUGGUGAUUAUAGAGAGUGAGGCAGAGCAGAGAUUCUUAUUGAAUGCAACUAAAGCCCAGACUGCAGAGAAUCGCUACUGGAUGGGCUUGACUGACUCCGUUACUGAAGGAGUCUGGCUCUGGGUGGACGGCACUCCUCUCAAUGACAAGGCACAAUACUGGUACGAUAAGGAGCCUAAUGACCGGAAGGGAGGUGAGGACUCGUCCGGGGAGGAUUGUGCAUGUCUUGUGUACCAGCCAGAUCACCACAAAGUCUGGUUUGAUGUAUUGUGCACACUAGAACGAUACAGGAUUUGUGAAACCAUGGCAGUGAUAAUCAAUAUAUAAAACCAAUGGGAGUCUGUUUCACUUUCUCUCUCUAUUUAGAAAGCAAACAAGCCAAAAAAAUGAAUCCCACAAGUUACUUACAUUUCAGUUUAUUAAACUAUAGUAUCUAAGUAUUUUUAUGAAAUAUAUUUUAAAAAAUACACAUGAAACCAAACCAGAGCUAUUAUAGAGUUUGUAGAUUCAAAUGCCAUUGUGAUUAUUGUUUUUGUAUUUCCCCUGACGUUUGCAAUCAUUUAUAAAAACAGAUCUAGAGAAUAAUGAUAAUAACUCAGUAUUGGAGGAACAGAACAAUUACAAACAUCCCUUAGAAAAGCUUCCCAUAGUAAAAGCACAGCAAAGUGUAAUGAAGCACAGUGAAAGCAUGGGAAAGCAUAGGCAAGCAUUGUAAAGCACAGAGAGGUAUGCUAAAGCAUAUUAAACAUGGCAAGCCAGGGUAAGCUCUGGUAAAUGCAUAAUAUAACCAUGGGAAAAGUGCAAUAAUACCAUAUAAUAGUAAGGGAAGUGAAACACACACCGUAUGACUCACCCUGCAUAGCACGCGGUCCAGCCUUUACCAGGUGAGCCACUCAGGGACCCUUAAAGUGAAUAUUGAUAGGUAUGAAAGUGUAAUAAUGCUUUGCUUGCCUUUGUUUCAGCUUUUCUCAGAUGUAUUUGUUAGUUUCUUUUUAGCUGUUUGAACAUUAAAAUAAUUAUAUAACUCCCAAGCAUCCAACAAUAUUAUUAUUAUUAUUAUUUAUUUCUUAGCAGACGCCCUUAUCCAAGAUAUCACAUUAUUUUUACAUACAAUUACCCAUUUAUACAGUUGGGUUUUUACUGGAGCAAUCUAGGUAAAGUACCUUGCUCAGGGGUACAGCGGCAGUGUCCCCCACUGGGGAUUGAACCCACGACCCUCCGGUCAAGAGUCCAGAGCCCUAACCACUACCCAACACUGCUGCCGUAUACCAGUAUUCUUACCACAAGAUUGCAGUAAGAAUACCAGUAUUCUUACUGCAAGAUUUGUUUAUCUUAAAUCAGACAUGUACAUGCUCAAAAAAGCAUGUGGGGGUUAUUAUUUUGUUGCCCAGACAGCCAGACACAGAUGCACCAGGAAAUUAUAUCCGAGGUCAAAACAUUAGGUUACUUACCAUUACUGUUACUUACUAACUCUGGUUCCUUAAAAGAGAAGAUGACCACCAGACAUUAAGUAUGGGAUAUGCCUGCCUAUUGGCAGGUAUUUACUGAGCUCUUUAUAUUAGAGCUGCCGAUAGGCCCCUUCCUGGGGUGACAUCCUCGGUCCCUCCUACUCAGGGGUUAAAACCGUCAGCCCAUAGAAGCCAUUUCUCUUUUUGCAUUGAACCAGUGAGGGCGACCGAUGCGACCUCGCUGGCUAGUGGUCGUCGUCUUCUCUUUCAGGGAACCAGGGUUACGGUAAGUAACCUAACGUUCCCUUUCAAUUCGAAGACAACCACCAGAAAUUAAGUAUGGGACAGCAUACCAGAGCAGUCGUGAGGGAGAAGGAACGGCAGCAUAUGAGCGACGCAACAGAACCACAUAACCCAAGAUUAGCGGUGCGAGCGUGCAACCUCAAGGACCCCCGUGCCUAAUGAAGGCAAGGAAGGAUCUAUCACGUUAAAGCGGUAGAACCUGGAGAAAGUAUGCGGCAUAGCCCAGCUAGCCGCAGUACAGAUAUCAGACAGCGAGGCCCCUCUGAAGAGAACCCAAGAUGUAGCCAACCUUCUGUUAGAAUGCGCGGCUAUCCUCCCAGGUGGGGAUCAUACGCAGUCGAGUCUGUGUACGCAAUCCAGUGCGACAGUCGCAGCUUCGAGAUGGGCUGUCCUAGGGUCCGUAUCCCGUGACAGACAAAGGGCUGGUCAGAAUGACGCAGAGCUUUUGUCCUAUCCACGUAACACCUCAAUGCCUGCACCGGGCAGAGGAAGAAUCUCCUAUCCUCCUCCAAAGAAAACGGAGGUGGAUGGAAAAACUCCAGUUCCACAGAUUGGUUCAUGUGAUCACCUUAGGGAGGAAAACAGGGUUUGUACGUAGUGACACCCUGCUGCCUACGGGGGCAUGGCACACAGAAAUGGCCACUAAAUACACCUUCAAUGUAGAAGGUGACCUACCAGCAUUGAGCAGUUCUUGCAGAAACUGCAAGAUAACUGGCAUAGGGCAAGAGACUGGGUCAUAACCCUUAGUUAGACACCAGUUCUGAAAGUACCUCCACUUGUAGGCGUAUAAAAAAAAAGCUGGGAAAGGCUGUGGGCGGGGAGCUACGGCCUGUCGGAACACGGACCGGUGUCGUCCAGGGGACCUGCAAAAAGGUUGCAGUCUGUCCCAUCAGUGCCGACACGGAGCUCGGAAGUGGGGGCACACUAGUUUCCGAGGCAACCUUGGAACUAGGCUCCACCUCAAUAGAGAAUGCAGGCUCCUCUCCUUCCUCCAUCUCAGUGAGGAAGGAGCCCUCACCCCAGGAGACCGCUAUUGAUAUAGCAUCCUCCUCUGCCGCUCACCCUGAAGUCUUUUUUUUUUUUUUAAAACUGCACUGCAGCUAAUUAUCGCAGCACAACACAGGCAAACACAGGUUGUGCGGCAGGGUCAGCAUACAGGUGGACGGGCAACAGUUACUAUAAAAUAUUUAUUUAUUUAUAUUUUGCCCAACUGCACGCACGGCAGCUAGCGAAAUCGCUCAACGGCGGGGUUACAGCAGAGCCUAACCCCGGCGGAGGAACUGCGUUCUCCCCAAGAGUGUUUAGACUUGAAAAGACACACACACGCACUCCUUUAAAUCAAUACUGCACACGCAGUGGCACACAUACGACAGACAGCAAAGAAAACGCAAGCGAGGCAGGCUGCUGAAGAAAGGAGAAUAAGAGGCUUAAUUUGAGAGCCACUGAUUCCACUAAAGCGGCAAGCCAGCUUUCAGCACAAAUGCAGGGGAACUGCAGUCGCCUCAGGAAAGCUCUUAAUUUUAUGCUCAGUUGCUAAAUACAGAGGUCUUAACUUAUCAUCUUGAGAGGCAAAAAGAGAAAUGGCUUCUGUGGGCUGAUGGUUUUAACCCCUCGGUAGGAGGGACCGAGGAUAUCUGAUUAUUAAUCAGUUUGAAUUAAAGUGUUUUAAGUUAUAUAUUGUUUAUUUAUCAUGCUAGAUGUUUUUUAUUUUAUUCUGAGACAACUUUAAGGUUUAUUAUUUUCCAAUACCUGUUAAUUAGUAGUUCCUUGAUAAUUUGCUAUUUCCUGUACUAAAGUAUUCUUUGAUGCCUGUGUGUGUAAUGCAGUUUAAGGAUAUUCAGAUAUAUAACUCCCCUUCUACAUGUAUUUUUUAUAUAUAUAAACUUAAUUCCUGGUGAACAUUCCCAUAGAUUUGACAACUUUCAUUUUAAGUUCUAAGCAAAAUAAAAAGCAUUUUAAGAACUGAAUACCAGAAAAUGUCUUCUACCAGCAUAAUGUCAAAUAAAAUAAAUGUUGAAAGUUUUACUUUUAUUCUAAGACAA